AUGGCUCGUGUCCCUCUGCGUCCGCCGGGGGCCCAGGAGCACCAGGAGGCCCAAGCCCCUUCCUCCGGCUGCGGCCAGAGCGCUCUCGCCCCUCCCGGGAGCCACGCCACGCCCCUCGGCCCGCCCCGGCGCACAAAUGCUCGGCGCCGGCGGGCCGCGGUGCGCACAGGGCAGCGGGCGUCGGGUCGGCCGGGAGCGCAGCGCAGUCCCCCUGCCCAUCCGUCGCAGCCGCCGAUGGGGCACCUCGUGGCCGCGGUCCUGCUGACCCUCCUCCUCCUCUGGAGCCGCCGCCUCUCAGCCCAGAAGUGCGAGGACGGCACCUACCGCGAAGCGUCCAGCGGGAAGUGCAUCAUCUGCAAGGGGUGUGAAGGGAUAUUUGCGUAUGCCCAGCCCUGUUCGGAGUCUGCCAACGCCAUCUGCAGAUGCCUCCCGGAAUAUGAAUGCGAAGGGCGAGAGUGUGGCACCUGCACCUGCGAUGCCGGGAAAGAGUGGAUGGGGGCAGGUUGCCAAGAUUGUCCUGAAGGAAAGUUCAAGAGUCUGAAAACUGGUACAUGCCGAAGCUGGACACAAUGUUCAGCUAAUAACAUCUUGACUCCUGGGACCAAAACAACAGACGUGAUUUGCAAGAAUGAAUUGGAAGGCCUCACACAACCGCCUCCUUUUCUAGUUGUCUCCGUUAAGGUUACAGAUGAAGAUCCCUUUCAGUCCAGACUUCGUCCCUCGCACUCCACUGAGACGGCUGUUAUGAAGUCCACAGAUGACCUCCUUAUUGACAAGUCUAAAGAGCGGGACAGCCAGCUGAUCCCCAUCAGCAUCGCCUUGACAGUGGCCUUAUUCCUGUGCAUGGCAUUCCUGAUCCUUUUCUGCAUCUUCUUCAGAUCCUGGGCUCAAGAGAAGUUCCCAGCCGUGAUGCUGAAGCUGCCGCUUGGGCAAUCGGCCCAGGAGAUGGACGAGUGCAGCUUUCGCUAUCCCGAGGAAGAGGAGGGAGGAGGCACUGAAAUGACAGGACUGAAGGGGGACGCAGCGGAGAAGAUUCCUUAGGGAGCCCCACAGCCCCCUGGAGCGUCUCACCGCAGGCGACCUCAGGGCGGUGGGGAGGGAUGAUUAACAGCAUCCUGCCGUUUUUAUGUUGCUUUGGGCUUAGGCCAGCCUUACUGUCCUGGGGGCCGGGGGAGGAGAGGGAGAUGGGGAAAUUGCCACAAGGUUAAGACUUCUGCAGCACAAAUGCCUUUUAUCCUGGAGUGUGAGGCUAGAAGUAGCCCCUGCCAUGAUGAGUAGAUGCUGAGGGUGGCAGCGCAGGAGCCACUUGGUGCCAGAGGGGGGUUUGCAGGGGGAGAGGAGAGCAGCUGCUGGCCUCGGCCCCAUUCCUGUGGUGGGCUUUGCUGCUCAGAUGUCAAGCUCAGGCGCCAUCAUCUCUUGGGCUGACUUGGCCCUCUGCCGGCCUCUGCACUCCCCACAGUGGAGUUAGCAGCACCCUUCCCCCCUGCAAGGCUGCACUGAACCCCAUCAUUCAUCACCUGGUUCCCACAUGUGGGCUUCCUCCCACUUUGCAGCCGCUCCUACUAGUUGUGAGGCCACGCAAGAGAGCGCAGGGUGACAGAAUGACUCACGACAGGCUGUGCUUUUUUCCCUGACGUGAACUGGCUGUGGUGGUUGGCUUUGACGGAAACCUCUGUGACGGGCUGAGGUUUGAGGCCUUUGAUCCACAAGUGCACAGCUGUGACUGGCUUCUUCCAAACCAUUUGGCCUGUGAGCAGCUCAAGGGGGGCCAGGUGUGGGGAGAAGACCCAUAUCUGGGACCUUGUUUAGUCACCACCAACCCCUCAGCAUGGAAAGAGUGAAUGGAAAGAUUACUAUUUAGAUCUACAAGUUAUGAGUGCCUUGAACUGUCCAAACCACCUCUAGAAAUAACUUGCCCUUUGGAAUUCAAGGUGACUCUGACCUUUGCCUGUGGUGGGGGGAGGCCUGCACUGCAGCCAUGCAAAAGUCACAUGUUUCUGGGCACGCACACACACACGCUCCUCUCCCCAUUCUCUCCCCAGGCAAGAAAGAUGCGUUAUCACAAUUCCAGUCAGGUAAAAAGUACUUGUGGAGAACACAAAGCAAGUCAGAGGAGGGGUGCGGCCUGGGAAAGGCCUGAGGGCCGGGUACAGAGGCCUGGAGGGCCACAUCUACCCCUGUGGCUGAGGUCCCCGACUUUUCUAGCUUAAUGGGAUACUAAGAACUGUACGUUGCCUUGCUGAGUUCAAUGAAAUUUGAUUUCUCAGGUGAGAGAAGUGCAUAGGAUUGCAUCCUUAUAGUAACUGUAGAAGCAUCAGAAAAGAGAUGUUAUAAUGUGGAUACCCAGUUACAAAAACCAUUUGGUGCCUACGAGCAGCAAUUGCAGAGGAUGCAAGCAUCUCCUGACCAAGCGAUGCUUUGACUUGCUGGCACUCUGGCUUGGAAAAAGCAACUGCCCUACUCUCAAACAAAGAGUUUUCUCUGCUGCCAUUUUACCAACUAAAGACUUAAGGAAUUUUGGUGCACCUGGGGGGGUGGGUGUGGAUUGCCAGAUUCUGGAAAAUAUUCUUUAUGUGUUACAGCCCUCACAAGAGGUGUUUAUUUGUUCCUCAAGGUUAGGACUUGUAAAGUUCCCAGAAAAUAGCUCACCAAGGAUUAGGCUGACUGCAGGCAGCAUAUUUUGCCCUGGUGAAAAUUGGUGAGACUUUGCGUGCGGUGCUUCCCACUGGGGCAUCUCUGCUGUCUUAGAAGUGGGGGGCAGCUGGGGGGGCCUCUGUGUCCAAGUACCUUUACGUCCAUCACUACAGUUCCAGAUUGCAAACUCCUUGAGGCAGGGAUCUGUUAGCUUGUACUCUGUAAAACAACCUUCCUCAACACGGUGGGGGCUGAUGGGAGUUGUAGUCCAAAACAUCUGGAAGGCUGCAGGGUUAGGUUGCUGUAAAGCCCCAAGCAUAUUCUUGGCACCAGAUAACAGACAUAAGCACUCUGGUGGGGCAGGUUUAGGCCUGAAGGAUUUAUGGGAAGGGAGAAGCCAGCUUUUCCCUUGAAAUUCAGGUAUUUCAUAGGAAUUGUUUUUUAAAAGCCAUCUUUACAAAAUGUUGCUAUUUAGCAUAAUCAGGUUUGUAUGUGAAAAAGUUGCUUUGUUAUUGUUGGGCUCCACCUAGAGGUAUAUUUUGUAAUAAAUGCUUCAAACCAAAA